AUGCUAACACGACGGCAUUCUCUCUUUCGCAUAUCCGGGACUAAUAAGUUGGUAAAGGACCCCAAAGGCAAGAACAUCUCCUGGGUGACUGUGGAACUUCCUUCUAGUAUGAAUGCUAUGAGCACCGAUCAAAUGCUCUUGGAGUUUGUGAUUCGCGAGAUCAGGAGCUACCGUGCUCUCAUUUAUGACGAGCCACAGCAUUGGAUUAGGCAAGAGUGUAUCUCAUUACCGGUGAUCAAUCAUCCAGACCCGCAUCCCCCGGCGCAAGCGGUCCUGAUGACUCUAGCAAAGGCCGAGGAUCUGGUGGAAUGUCGGCUGAAGGAAGUAUGUGCUGGUCGGGUUACUCUUGACCGAAAACGUCUCUUUUAUAUUCAUGCUAAAUCUAUGCAUGCUCAAAGGGAGAGGUAA